AUGGAUGCGCACUUGAAACACGACACAAAAGUUGCUUCUUUUAUAAAAACGGCCACAAGAGCUCCUCGAGAAGCUUUGGGAAAAGUUGGUCGCAAAUACACUUAUUGCGAUGAAAUCGCUAUGUCUUCAGCGAUAGAUUUGAAGCGAGUGGCUCGCAAAAUCAACUAUUUCAGAGUAGACGUAGAACUUACAGGAUCUUACACUAGAAGACCAUUGCCGAAUCCACUUUCGUGUGUUUUAAGAUAUCAAAGUGCGAAAGGAGAAAUCGUAUUGUACUGUAUUUGCGGUAAACAUGAGGUAGUUAACAAACUCCAGUUUGAGCUUUUGACUUCAUUGCGAAGUAUACCGAAAUUUGGUGACCUGGAACUUGUGAAGAUGUUGUUCCAUACUGCGCACCCAAACUAUCCAAUGCACCAGUCGCAUCGGGAAGGCAGGAGGGAGGGGGAUGGGGCAGGGCAAGUGGUCGUGGAUUGGUUGGAUGUGCUGUGGACAAAAGACGAGGCCGGUUUCGUUGCUGCACAGGGAAAAGAUCAAGUUGGAAAACUACCUUUCGUCAAAUUUGUGGCAUCUUGCAAUGCAAAUGUGGUAGAUACAUGGAUGAACAAUGCUGUGUUGCAGAAGCCGGGUCCAUGGUGA